AUUUACCACUGAACAGAUAACUUCUUAAAAAAAUUUUUUUUUGAGACAGGGUCUUGCUCUGUCACUCAGGCUGGAGUGAAAACUGCAGCUUCAACCUCCCAGGCUCAAAUAAUCCUCCCACCUCAGCCUCCCGUGGGAGGCACAUGCCACCAUGCCUGCCUAAUUGUUUUAUUAUUUGUAGAGACAGUGUCUUGCUAUGAUGGCGGGGCUGGUCUGGAAGUCUUGGGCUCAAGCAGUCCUCCUGCCUCAACCUCCCCAAGUGCUAGGAUUACAGGCAUGAGCCACAAUGACCAGCCUAAUUUUUUUAUUCUUGUAGAAACGGCAUCUCGCUUUGCUGAGUAGGCUGCUCUGAAACUCCUGGCCUCAAAGGAUCUUCCUGCCUCGGCCUCCCAAAGCGCUGGGAUUACAGGCAUGAGCCACCAUGCCAGACUGGAUAUGAUCAUAUUAUAGCAAGCACCCUGUGUAGGACAGCAUAGGCAAUCGCUUAAAAACCUAAGGAGAGUGGCAGAGCGCGGUGGCUCAUGCCUGUAAUCCCAGGAGCUCGGGAGCCCAAGGAUGGGAGAUCGCUUGAGCUCAGGACUUCGAGACCAGCCUGGGCAACCUGGGGAAACUCCGUCUCUACAAAAACCAAGAAAGAAAAAAACCUAAGGCGACUCACCACAGGUUUGGUGGAUGUAGGCGUGGCUUUGAGAUCCCCCAUGCUGGGAUGUGGGGGGUGCCUGUGCUCCCGAUGUCUGCCCUAACUCUGAUCUCCUUCUGACCCGGGAAAAGCAGAGCCAAUCAUCCCCAGCCCAAAGCCUUGUGCGAGCGCUGUCCGCCUUCCCGAGCUUGCUUCCUUUGGGAGAAGCCUUCCUGUUCAUGCUGGGGAUUCAGGAGGGAAGCCAGGAGCAGAGGUGAAUCCUGAGAUGUUCCUUUGUGCUGGAAUUAGACUCUGUGCCCAGGCGUGAAGUAUUGUGGUGAACAGACUUUCCCAUUCCCUGUUCGGUCUCGGAAUAUUGUCCAGUUUGUUUUUAUAAAGCAGAAAAGUGCCUGUGACUUACAGGCCUAGGAAUGUAGCUCUUUCCUGGAGAAAGGGGAUCUAUUUUCUAAUCUGCAGGAGAGGCUGCGGGCCCUACACUCUGGGUCACUUCAGUGUCACAGUUUCCAAAUUUAAACUCAUUCAAGGCUUUUAUCACCAUGUCUUUAUUUAAGUUUUUCCUCAAAGAAAAAUUAGCCCAGCUCAGUGGCUCACUGUAAUCCCAGCACUUCGGGAGGUCGAGGUGGGUGGAUCCCUGGAGCCCAGGAGUUUGAGACCAGCCUGAGCAAGAGAGGAAACCCCACCUCUACUUAAUAAAAAAACAAAAAACAAACAAACAAAAAACAAUAGCCAGGCAUAGUGACGUGUGCCUAUAGUUUCAGCUACCUGGGAGUCUGAGGUGGGAGGAUCUCUUGAGCCCAUGAAUUUGAGGCUGCAGUGAGAUCUGGUUGCACCACCGCUCUCCAGCCUGGGUGACACAGCGAGACCUUAUCUCAAAAAAAAAAGGAAAAGAAAAGAAAAAGUGGAAAAAGAACACUUUUCGUAAAUCUCCACACCCAGAGAUACAGAGGGGUAGAGACAGAGGCGACAUGUUACAUCUUCAGCAUUCUUGGGGCCGGCUGGCUGGGAUGCUCAGCGUGCUGCUGAGUUUGGCGCCUUCAGCUUCCAGCGACGUUUCCGCCUCCUGGCCGAACAUUCUUCUUCUGAUGGCUGACGACCUUGGCAUCGGGGACAUCGGCUGCUAUGGCAACAACACCAUGAGGACUCCAAAUAUUGACCGCCUUGCAGAGUUCGGCGUGAAGCUGACCCAGCACAUCUCGGCCGCAUCUUUGUGUACCCCGAGCAGAGCAGCCUUCCUCACGGGCAGGUACCCUGUUCGGUCAGGGAUGGUUUCCAGCGUUGGUUACCGUGUUCUUCAGUGGACUGGAGCAUCUGGAGGUCUUCCGACAAAUGAGACAACUUUUGCAAAAAUAUUGAAAGAGAAAGGCUAUGCUACUGGACUCAUAGGAAAAUGGCAUCUGGGUCUCAACUGUGAGUCAGCCGGCGAUCAUUGCCACCACCCCCUCCACCAUGGCUUUGACUAUUUCUAUGGAAUGCCUUUGUCCAUGACGGGUGACUGUGCCCACUGGGAACUCUCGGAGAAGCGUGUCGACCUGGAACAAAAACUCAACUUCCUCUUCCAAGUCCUGGCCUUGGUCACGCUCACACUGGCAGCAGGAAAGUUCAUGCACCUGAUAUCCAUCUCCUGGAUGCCAGUCAUCUGGUCAGCCCUCUUGGCGGUCUUCCUCCUCACAACCUCCUAUUUUGCGGGUGCUCUAAUUGUGCAUGCCGAUUGCUUUCUGAUGCGAAACCACACCAUCACGGAGCAGCCCAUGCGUUUCCAAAGAGUCACGCCCCUUAUUCUGCAGGAGGUCAAGUCCUUUCUCAAAAGGAAUAAGCUUGGGCCUUUCCUCCUCCUUGUUUCCUUUUUGCACGUCCAUAUCCCUCUUAUCACUACGAAGAACUUCCUCGGGAAGAGUGCCCACGGGCUGUACGGGGACAACGUGGAGGAGAUGGACUGGAUGGUAGGACAGAUCCUUGAUGCUUUGGACACAGAAGGUUUGACCAACAGCACCCUCAUUUAUUUUGCAUCAGAUCACGGGGGAUCCCUGGAGAAUCAGUUUGCAAACAGCCAGUAUGGCGGCUGGAAUGGAAUUUAUAAAGGGGGGAAGGGCAUGGGAGGAUGGGAAGGUGGAAUCCGUGUGCCCGGGAUCUUCCGCUGGCCCGGGGUGCUCCCGGCUGGCCGAGUGAUCGGCGAGCCCACGAGCCUGAUGGACGUGUUUCCUACCGUGGUGCAGCUUGCCGGCGGUGAGGUGCCCCAGGACAGAGUGAUUGAUGGCCGGGACCUUCUGCCUUUGCUCCUGGGAACAGCCCAGCACUCAGACCACGAGUUCCUGAUGCAUUACUGUGAGAGGUUUCUGCACGCAGCCAGGUGGCAUCAACGGGACAGAGGAACACUAUGGAAAGUCCAUUUUGUGACCCCAGUGUUCCAACCAGAGGGAGCCGGUGCCUGCUACGGAAGAAAGGUCUGCCCGUGCUCUGGGGAAAAAGUAGUCCACCAUGAUCCACCUUUGCUCUUUGACCUCUCAAGAGACCCUUCUGAGGCCCAUGUCCUCACGCCAGCCUCAGAGCCCUUGUUCUAUCAUGUGAUGGAACGAGUCCAGCAGGCUGUGUGGGAGCACCAGCAGACACUCAGCCCGGUUGCUCUGCAGCUGGACAGCCUGGGCAACCUCUGGAGACCAUGGCUGCAGCCCUGCUGUGGCCCGUUCCCCCUCUGCUGGUGCCUUAGGGAAGAUGACCCACAAUAAAUACGUGCAAUGAAAA